GCCCGAGCAGGGAAGAUGGCGGCGGCGGGCGCGGGGGCCGGGGCCGGGGGCUCCGGGGCUGGGGCCGGGCCGGGCUCCGCGGCCGGCGCCGGCGCCUCCAACCCGCGCAAGUUCAGCGAGAAGAUCGCGCUGCAGAAGCAGCGGCAAGCGGAGGAGACCGCGGCCUUCGAGGAGGUGAUGAUGGAGAUCGGCUCCACCCGGUUGCAGGCCCAGAAGCUGAGGCUGGCUCACAGCCGGGGACCCUACUACAGUGGCUCACUGCCCAAUGUCAACCAGAUCGGGAGCGGCGUGUCUGAGUUCCAGGGCCCCUUGCAUUCGCCUUUGGAUUCGGCCCGCAGCACGCGGCACCACGGCCUGGUGGAGCGGGUGCAGCGGGACCCACGCCGGAUGAUGUCGCCCUUGCGCCGAUACAUGCGGCAGAUUGACAGCUCUCCCUACAGCCCAGCCUAUCUGUCACCCCCACCGGAGCCCAGCUGGAGGAGGACCAUGCCCUGGGGUAACUUCCCUAUGGAGAAAGGACAUUUGUUUAGGCUGCCUUCAGCGCUCAACAGAACAAAUUCGGACUCGGCGCUGCACACGAGUGUGAUGAACCCUGCGCCCCAGGACACCUACCUGGGCCCUUCGCAGGGCGCCCCCCCACCCAGCCGCCGCAGUGGCUUUCUGGAUGGGGACUCUGACAGUAAAGUGUUUCUGUUCCAAGUGCCUCCCAUUGAAGAGAACUUCCUGGAUGACAACAAGCACUUACUGAAGCCGUGGGACACCAAGAAGCUCUCGUCCUCCUCGGCCCGUCCACGGUCCUGUGAAGUCCCUGGGAUCCACAUCUUUCCAUCCCCGGACCAGCCCGCCAACAUGCCCCUCGUUCCCCCGGCCCUCAACACAGGCGGCUCCCUCCCGGACCUGACCAACCUGCACUUCCCCUCCCCACUGCCCACCCCGCUGGACCCUGACGAGGCUGCCUACCCCAGCCUGAGCGGGGGCAACAGUACCAGCAACCUGGCCAACACCAUGACGCACUUAGGCAUCAGCGGCAACAUGGGGCUGGGGACGGGCUACGAGUUGCCAGGACUUACCUCACCUAUGCAGAGCUCCCUGAGUGCCCCCUCCCUGCAGCCCUCGCUUAGCAACCCCAACCUGCAGGCUGCCCUGGGCGCCCAGCCCCUGCAGUCCUCCCUCAGCAACCCCUCGCUGCAGUCCUCGCCCAGCAGCUCCUCCCUGCCCUCGUCCCUUGCCAACCCCUCGCUCUCUGCCUCCCUCAGCGCCCCUUCGCUCCCCACCUCCCUGAGCAGCCAGUCCCUGCCGUCCUCGCCCGGCAACCCCGGCCUGCAGUCCGGCUUCGGCAGCCCGUCCUCCUACGCCCCCCUGGGACAGGCGGCCCUAAGCACGUCGCCCCGGCGCCGGGUCCCGCUCAGCCCCCUCACCCUCCCCGCGGGCGGCGAAGCCAGGAGGCAGCACCCCAAACAGUUCUCACCAACAAUGUCACCCACAUUGUCCUCCAUCACCCAGGUAUGCAUGAUCCAUCACCGCCGCGGCACCGCUGCCCGCCCGGCGCCCCCUCCGCUCCUCUCUUCCCUCCGUCCUGUCUGUCGUUUCCAUCCUCAUCCUCCGUGCAACGCCAGCCGGCCGGGCGGGGAGCCCUGGCUGGGGGAAGGGACUGCCCCCUCCCGGCCGUCUCGGGGCUCCCCUGUGGAGCUGGAGCGGCUGUUAGGGGCAGAGGACCCGGAGCCGGUGCCUGCCGCAUGGAGCUGGCAGGGAGUGCCGCUGGACACCAGCAAGCUGCCAGCCGACCAGAGGCUCCCACCGUACCCCUACAGCCAGCCCGGCAUGCCCCUGCACCAGCCGGGGCAGCCCCCAGCGCGGCACCCGCCACCCCAGCAGCAGCAGCCGCCACCCCAGCAGCACCAGCAGCCGCCACCCCAGCCUGCCGGGCCACCACAGCGGCACUAUGUCCCGCAGUACCAGCCUAACUCCUACCUGCCACAGCAGUUCAGUCAGCCACUGGGAGACUUCUGCCUGGGCAGUUUCGAGCAGUUCAACAUGGAGAGCUCCAUGGGCAGCCUCCCGUUCAACAACAGCAGCUCCUUCGCCGAGGAGCUGGGUGCCUUAAACUACCCCUCGGGCGAGAGCCUGCCGGGCGGGGGUGGCUUCCAUGACCCCCGUACGCUGAACCGCCAGAACCUGAGCAACUGCAGCCGCCACGGCGCCAUCCCCAACAUCAUCCUUACAGGGGACUCUCCACCUGGCAUCUCUAAGGAGAUCGCGACGGCGCUGGCUGGAGUCCCUGGCUUCGAGGUGGACACAUCCUUGGGACUCGAGGAGGAUCUCAAGAUUGAACCACUCACCCUGGACGGACUGAACAUGCUCAGCGACCCCUACGCCCUCCUGACCGACCCGGCCGUGGAGGACUCCUUCCGCACGGACCGGCUGUAGUGGGGGCGCCGGCUGCCCGAGGGCACGUGGCAAUAGAGCGGGGAGGAGGGGAGAGAGCAGUCUUUGCCAACAUGGCAAACAAGCCGGACGUCCACGGCCCUGGCGGACCAGCCCUGUCUUCUUUGCGGUGAAACGCCCCCAGGCAAAGGGUGGCAGCUCCCGCCUGCACCCGGGCUGCAGGCGUUGCCCAAAGCCAGGCGAGACCGGCCUCACUGUGCUGCCCCCACCCCGGCCCAGGGGAGUCCAGAGACAUCAGGGCCUACAGCCUCGCGCCGCGGGGGGCUCCCAGGGUGCCUCACCCCUGAGAGCAGAGACCGCAGCCCCUCGCCCUGCCUCCGGGCCGGACCUUCGCGCUGAAGCGUCAGGGAAGGGAACAAGCCAGGGGCCACCCUGGGCUCUCCUCCCCCACGGCCGGGCAGGCCCGGGGGUCUCCGUCCCCAGCUCUCGAAAGAAAAGUCUUUCCACUGAACGCGCACGCGGGCCGCCGGGCCGGCCCUGUACAUAGCCACCCCCUGUGCCCGGCUCGGGCUCCCCACCUCCUCCUCCUCUUCCCGCCCUUCCGCGGUUGGUUUUUUUUUGUUUGUUUUUUUUUUUGCUAAUCAUCAUGUUUAAAGACAAAAUUGACCCCGUCUUCCCCACUAAGCCGUGUAGCCCCCGUGCACCCGUCCCCCCGCGGGGGCCCGGCCCGGCCCGGCCCCGGCUCCUGUAUAAAGCACUUGUAACUUUGGAUCCUUGUCUGUCGUGAGGUCACGUCCUGCGUCGGCGCGGGGAGGGGGCGCCCCGGGGCCCCCUGCCAGGGAGGAGAAAGCCAGAGCGAUUUAUUAUGAUUAAUUAUUAUUAUUAUUAUUAUUAUUUUUUAAAUAUAUUCUAUGUUCAUUAAGA